AUGGGGCCCCACUGGCUGUGCACGCAAUUCAUCGCCUUGGCCUUCAGGCUCCUGCUGCUCCUCGUCCUGGGCCAGGGCCAGGACUCCACAAGCCCCAUCAGGACCACACGCUCUGGGCAGGUGCGAGGAAGCCUGGUCCACGUGGAAGGCAUCAACGUGGGCGUCCAUACCUUCCUAGGCAUUCCCUUUGCCAAGCCACCUCUGGGACCACUGCGCUUUGCACCUCCUGAACCUGCCAAAGCUUGGAGUGGAGUGAGGGAUGGCACCUCCCACCCAGCCAUGUGUCCACAGAACCUCAAUAUAAUGGGUGAUGAUGCUAAAAAACUGAAUUUCACAAUGUUGUCCAUUCCCAUGUCUGAGGACUGCCUUUACCUCAACAUCUACGCACCAGGCCAUGCCCAUGAGGGCUCCAAGCUGCCUGUGAUGGUAUGGAUCCAUGGAGGUGCAUUGGUUGUAGGCUUUGCUUCGGCAUAUGAUGGCUCCACCUUGGCAGCCUUUGAGGAUGUAGUGGUGGUCACCAUCCAGUACCGCCUCGGCAUCCUGGGAUUCUUCAGCACUGGAGACCAGCACGCCAGUGGCAACUGGGGCUACCUGGACCAAGUGGCUGCACUGCGCUGGGUGCAGCAGAACAUUGCCCACUUUGGAGGCAACCCUGACCGGGUCACCAUUUUUGGCGAGUCUGCUGGUGGUGUUAGUGUGUCCUCGCAUGUGCUAUCACCCAUGUCGCAAGGACUCUUCCACGGAGCCAUCAUGGAAAGUGGAGUGGCUGUGCUGCCUGGCAUCAUCGCCAGCUCAUCUGAGACGAUCUCCUCGGUGGUGACCAACCUGUCUGGCUGUGGCCAGGUGGACUCUGAGACCCUGGUAGGCUGCUUGCGGGCCAAGAGUGAAGAGGAGAUCCUGGCAAUGAACAAGGCCUUCAAGAUCAUCUCCGGUGUGGUAGAUGGCAUCUUCUUUCCCAGACACCCCUAUGAGCUGCUGGCCUCUGCUGACUUCCAGCCGGUCCCCAGCAUCAUUGGUGUCAACAACGAUGAGUACGGUUGGAUCCUCCUCAAAAUGCUGCCUCCUGGUAUAAGGGAACAGUUGGUGGAUGAGUACCUGGGGGACAACAAGGACCCCAAGACCCUCAUGGCUCAGUACCAAGAGAUGAUGGCAGACUCACUCUUCGUGAUGCCAGCGCUCCAUGUUGCACAUUUUCAGCGUUCCCAUGCCCCUGUCUACUUCUACGAGUUCCAGCAUUCGCCCAAAUUUGCAAAGAACUUCCGGCCACCCCACGUCAAGGCCGACCAUGUGACUCUCACUGAGGAGGAGGAAUUGCUGAGCAGGAGGAUGAUGAAGUACUGGGCCAACUUUGCUCGCACCGGGAACCCCAAUGGCGAGGGCCUGCCACACUGGCCUGUCUUGGACCAUGAGGAGCAGUACCUACAGCUGAGCACACAGCCUGCAGUGGGCCGGGCUCUGAAGGCCCACAGACGCCAGUUCUGGGCACAAACUCUGCCCAAGAAGAUGCAGGAGCUGAUGCGGGCUGAGCAGAAGCACACAGAGCUGUAGCUGCCUGUGUCUAGGUGGGUGUCCUGGUCCCAUCCACAGCAGUCACUUACCUGCCCUCCUUCCCUUUGGCAUACCUUUGUGGAGCACCUGCUGCCUGAGGCUCUGUGUUCUUGCCCUGGGUUCCCUGUGUCAGUUGUACUCACACCAUUCCCAUGAGGCUGUGCAGUCACAACCUGCAGAAGCCCACUUUCCUCAUCUCCAACUGGCAUAGGACAUGUCCUUCUCACCUCCUCUUCUUCCUCUUCCUGAUCCUCUCCUCUCUUCCCAACCCCAGGCCAUAGAAAUCCAGUGGGAACUGCUUUGUGGGUUGUUGUCCACCCUAGGUGUCAGAAGCCUUCAUAUUCCGCCCAGCACAUCCUGCGAGCUCAUGUCUGUAAGCAACCCAUAGGGGACCUGGGCACCUGGAGACACGGUGUCCUGGUGCCCUCAGGCUGCCAUGAGUGGCCUCCUUCCACUCCCUUCAUGUUGCCACAAAUAAAGGCUCCCAUUCCUUCAGCUGAG